AAUGAAUCCAAAUACACCUUUCAACGAAAGAUUUGCUAAAAUAUCUGAAAAACUAAAUUCAAUACAAUUAUAACAUGACUCUUCUAAAGCACAUAGAAUAGACACUAUUUGUGGAAGAAUUAAUGGUGUAGAAGAGAGAAUUUAAGACACAAUAACAUCUUACAAUAGAAAACUUGUAUGGAUUUGAUACUAUUUAAAUAUAGCACUCAUUAAAAGAUGAAAUAGUUCGUCUUUAGAAACAAAUAGAGGAAGAAAAUAAUGCCUUUGAAACUUAGUUUGAACAAAGAGUAAGAGAAGUUGCUGCCUUUGAAAGUAGAAUAACAACUAAACUUGAAUAAGAGAUUGCUUUAAGAAAAGAUGGUAACCUUAAAUUGUAGGGUUAUCUUGAUGAAAAAGUAAAAAAAUUAAUUAAAUAAUUAGGUUGUAUAUCUGAAAUCUGACAUACAAACUGAAGGAAAGAUAAGAUAAGAAUAAGUUGAAAAUAUUACAACCUCAUUGGAAAAUGAUUUACCAAAAUUAUAUGAUAUGGUUAAAUCAGAAGGAUAAGAUAGAGAAGAUAAUGAUAAUGGUACAUUGAGAAGAGCAGGAGAUGAAAUUAAACGAUUGAAUGAAGGUUUAGGAAAUUAAAAGAAAUUAAGGUAUUAAUAAAAUAAAUUAUAAAAGAGAAGAAUCUGAAGCAGCUAUAUUUGAAAUGCUUAAAGAUUUGGUUUCUAGAGUUAAGAGUGAAAUAGAAGAAGAAAAAAAAUUAAGAGAAGAAUCUUAAGAAUCUCUAUUAGGAUUGUUAGAGGAUGCUUGUAAUAAAAUUUACAGAGCAGCUAAAGACUGAA